AUGUCGGGCCCCGGUAACACUCAGGAGCUCUCCAAGGUCUUUAGCACGCAGGAGGUGCAGACACGUUCCAAGCAGUAUGCGGAAGUCACACAGUCAUAUCAACAAAUGUGGUUCGAGCAGCGCAAGCAGAUGAAGCGCGGACCGCCUUCAGCAGCUGGUUUUUCGAGCACUGGCUUGGCUACUCCUCAGGAGGACGAGGAGAUGCCUCACACAGAAGCGGCCACAGGGUCUCAGGAACCGCCGCAAGCACUCCGCCUUUUCAACCCGUUCGACAUCGCAGCAGACACGGCUACUACGCUUACCGCGGUGGAAGCGGGGGUGGAUGCUAACAACCCGCAGGCAGUGGCAGAAUACAUGCAGGGCGCAGUGGCAACGCGUCAGGACGUCUUCGACAUCGUACGCAAUUACCACGUUGGAGUAAUCCGCAGCGAGCUGUACAACUUGAUUACACAGGUCGAGAGUGUAGUCAAGAACCUGGAUGACCGCAUUUUGCGGAACACUGCGGACCUUCAAUGGUUGAGCUCAGAGUCGCGAACGGAGCAGAAGAGGACUUGCGGCCUCCAAGUACUCCUCACUGGCUGGGAUCCCACGAUUACCCCUGAGGAGCGCCAUUUCAUGGUGGACUGGAUGCUGCAACAGGUGAGCUUUAUUCGCACUUGGCUCACCCGCCGUGGCUACUCCGAUCUGACCGCUGAGCAAGUCUUUUUGAAUGUGCUUCAGGUUGACCCGGCUACUCCUCCGUCGGGGAAACAGUGGAGCACGAUCACAAUCUUGACUUUUAAGGCAUGGGAUCUUCGAAAGGAGUUCAUGCAAGCUUUUGGCGGUGCGACCGGCACUCCUCUGUGGCGAGACUCCCACACACCGGUUCGCGGCCGACAUAUUAGGGCUACUCCUUGCAGUCCCCAAUUCCAAAGGAAGUUGGAGACUCCGAUCCGAGUACUCCUCGCUCUGAUCAAUGAAAGCGAGGUGCUGGAGCACAGUCAGGUGGUGGUCCUGUGGAAGACAUUGACCAUUAUGUCUCCACAGGCGACCCGCCAAUUCGAUGAGCAGGCCACCGCAGUUGCACGCCUUUUUUAUGCAGAGGAGAAGGGGACUUUUAAAGCCCGCUUGGAGAUCGCGGACCCCUUGUUCACGGCCUGUGCGGCUACUCCUCCGAUUGGUUCCGAAGAAAAGGACAUGUGGUCCUACAUGUGGAACAAGGUCGUUUUCGGUGUACAGUCGGAGCUCGAUGCAGCAGACAAAGCUUCCUUCGAGCGAGCGGCGCGCCUGGCUACAGUUUCGGGCCGUGGGACCAAUAUCGGCAAACCGAGCCGACACUGGACCCAGGGCUUCGUCUACUCCUCCAGCUUGAACCCGUACCCAAUUGAGUUGACUACGGUUCGGGUGUCACAGGUAGCAUUUUGCUGGGACGAGUACUGUGACAAAAUGUCACCAGAUCACAAAGUGGGCGAUUACUCCGCCGGGACGUACUCCGGAGCUCCCUCGGUUGGUGUGAUGCCCCCCUCAGCUACUCCGCCAGCGAGCUUCGCAAAAGCUGCAGCUCCAGCUGGCUACUCCUUUCUAGAAGCUGCCGCCUGGUACAAGCUGUGCUCCCCCCAGCCUCGGCAGAAGCCUUCUGCGGAGCCCUCGGCGUCUUUUCUAAUUCGCCAGUGUCGCCAAGCAACGAGCUUUAAACCCCAAGUUGCCCAUGCCUUGAAACAUAACCAGGGUUUAGUGCAUAGGAAGCUCUUCAGAGUAGGUUUGGAUUUCAGGCCGGUUCGUAGGAAGCAAUGCAGGAGGGGCAAACGCAGAAACACAGGUACCAUAUCGGUAUCCCCAUCCCUUAGGCUACUCCUCCACGUUAGUUUGGCUGUAUUUUACUACACCACCCCGCACAGAUCUCAUCCCGUAGUAGUGAUAUGCGACGCCUCCUUAAUGUACGCUUUAGCAUACAACACAACCAAUGGAAUAGAUAAGAUACUCCAAGUCGCUAGAAAUAAAAUGCAACAUUCUAAAUUCGGCAACACGGUAACCCUGAACCUCGAGACCCUCCUCAUAGAACUUGAGACACCACCACCAAAUACCCGAAUCCCUAGAUCACUCCUCCUCAGCCUUAAACCCCCUGCCAAAACCUCAAAUACAACUAACCUACCAGUCCUGCAGCCUUCACCUCAACUAAUAACCCCGACUAAAGCAAGAACUGGCCGCCGUGUCACACAUAGGACAUCACAAGGUGUCAGAUUUUACACAAAAUCUCGGCUACUCCUCAGAAGUACGGGGCUCCGCCCUGCCGCCACCCCAGUCUCACUAGUCAAACCUCCUAAAGGAGCGCUGACCAAUUCAGAAUUCACAACACCAAGAAUUUAUAAGAAUUCACAACGGGAAACAAAGGAGCUAGCACCGCCUCCACGAGGCGCGCCGGGUGCUUCGGCAAACGAAGAGUGCACACCCGCCUCCCCUCCACUCCGCACCUUUUUGGGUUACGGGUCCAGCGCUCGGCGCGAACGGCGGCGUGAAUACCGCCGUUGGCGCCGCGCGCGUAAGGUGCUAAUACGCCUGGGUCGCUUGGGCAAGGACACGGGCAAAGAGGGGAAGCCCUUGAACGCUGCCGCCAAGCGUUCAGCGGGGACUUCAACGGCAAAACACUUUAAGGAACUCCUUAAAAAUGCCGAAUGGAAAGGACCACGACGGGGGAAACAGCCCACAACCAAGGCUACUCCCCAAAAACCAUAUGGAGAAAAACUAAAAAUCGCAACGCAAAACGUACAAGGGAUGGCAGAAAUCCUAAAACACCAACAAACGAUCAGCCUCAUGACCAAGUAUGGUUUGGAUGUGCUUAUCCUAACGGAAACACGAAGCAAAUCAUACUACUCUUACAACUCACAAGGGUAUCAAUUCAUUGUUAAUGGAUCAACCAAGGACCCAUAUGCCGGGGUCACCACAAUCAUUGCACCACAUAUACGCCCGUACAUACACGAUGUUGUGCAACAUUCCCCUCGCCUCAAUCAAAUCACAAUCGCCUGUCGAGAAGGCAAAACCCACGUGAUCGGAGCGUAUGCUCCACACAACAAAAUGGACACCACACUCAAACACACCUUCUGGGACGCCCUCGAAGACAUUUUCUCGGCUACUCCUCUACCAGAACCUACAUUUAUAAUAGGGGACAUGAAUGUUAGACUCCAGGGCCGCAGCUCUCAGGAAACACAAGAAUUAGGACCGCACGUGUAUGGUAAGGGUCGGCAGUUUGCCCAAAGAAAACCGGAGGAUAACCGCACCUUAUACAUGAACAUGCUCACUGGCCACUCCGCCGUAGAUGUGAUGACAUUUAAGACACCUAACUUAAAGCAUCACAUUACUUACAGGGAUAAGUCCCCCCCACCACCUGACUGGAGCGGCUUUGUAACAGAUCCCUUGGGCUGGUUACACCUGUACGAUAGAAUACAGACCCUACCGACACCAGAAACAGACCGCCUGAACAUAGCUAGCAAUAUACGAUCAUUCGUAACGGCAGACCCGCUUCCAUCCUCGGCUCCCAUUCCGCCUAGAGUAGACCCUCUACGAUUUCAGAGUCUAGAUAAGCUGAUCACUAGACGCAAAUGGCUUCCUAGUGUACUUAAUGUCAGAGCGCACCACGACACGGGAUUCCCCAGUGAUCACUAUCUCCUUGUAGCGGACUGCAGGGUAAAAUUAGGAGCCAAGAUCCCUAAAACCUCAAGACCACCCACUAGAGACUACUCCGCCAACACAGAAUUCGCUCAAGCUUUCCGCAAACACUACGCUCGAAAUGCACAAACAACACCAUUGGCUACUCCCCCAGAUGUAACCGUCGAGGUUUACACAGACGGCUCCGGAUCACAAGGACGAUGUCACAAACACACACCAGCCGGGUGGGGAUAUGUUAUGUUGGCGGAGGACGACGUGCUAGAAGAGUCUAGCGGGCCCGUUAUAACUGACGACACGCACCCCUUUACGUUCGGCGCAAAAGUCGGCAGUAAUAAUACGGGAGAACUACAGGCUUGGAUGGAAGCAUGCGCUUACAUAAUCCGAGCCAAUCCGCCAGCGGACGUCACGUUCUAUUAUGAUAGCAAAUGGAUGGCGCAAAUGGUACGCGGACAGGCUAGACCAAAAAGACAUAAAGAACUGGUUCACUCCGCCAGAUUACUCCGCCAACAACUCGAACAAACCACCCGUAUCAGGUGGCAAUGGGUUAAGGGACACAAAGGAAAUACCUACAAUGAGCGCGCCGACGCGCUAGCGGAAGCCGGUAAACUUUCGCACAAGGCCAAGGGAGGCAGAUUCACGCAAAAAUCUCCACUCCUUUUGGAAGACCUAACGCAAGACUCUACCCCAACGCAAGGCACGACCCAAGAUAAAUACGAACGCUUCCUCUCAGCAGCCCUCGCGGCGGAAAAGGAAGUGUUCCCACCAAACCCGGCUACUCCGCAAAGACCCUGGAUCACCCCGGACUUGGCAGAACGACUCAGCAUUGCCAAACGAAUGAACGCAGCGCUGGACCCCAACUACUCCACUUACUAUAAAGACCUCAAAAAAGAAGCCAGAAAACGUAAAAGAGAAUGGACAAAGGCCACCUUCGAAAACAAUCCCAAUCCCAGCCACCGCUCCCUCUGGGCUAAUCUCCGCAAACUCAAAAAAGGCUUUUCCGAGCGCAAACGUCGCCUUGUGGUGGACGGACGACAGAUCCCAUGGUCGGAAAACCCACGAGGCAUUCGCCACACAUCUCACGCAAUCUCAGUGGGCUCCUACUCAGGUAUCUUCAGAGGAGCAUCACCUCCUCCGGGAUACUCCGCCACUACGCCCACAGGACGCAACCCCACAGAAACCUUUCACCAUGCCGGAACUCACAGCGGUGCUUAA